AUGAUGGACAAUCAAAAUGAAUACAACGCAUUGCGGGCGUUUUUUAGGGCGAAAGGGGGAGAAGUUGGAGGUUUUGCCUAUGGGGCUAGGAUGCAUCGUCUUUUUGCUCAGCUGGAGCCAUCUAUAAUCGUCACAGAGCAAAACCUGGCAGACCGACUUCGGUAUAUCUUGCGCUCAAAUAUAUUUGAUGUCGCCGAACUCGAACGGCCACGACGUGAGGCUAUUCUCUCAUGGGUUGAAAAUUCUAUGGCUGAAGAUGCGAACCCGCAAGCGUGGAUGCCACCGUGA